GACACUUGCUGUGGCGAGAAGGAGCCAGAGGACGAAGAGAGAGUGGAAGUCGCUCCGGACGAACAAAAACACAUCACUUUCACUCGACUCACGACAUCGUAAACAUGUCUUCAAAGUGCCCCAAGUGCGACAAGACGGUGUAUUUCGCUGAAAAGGUGUCAUCGCUGGGGAAGGACUGGCACAAACUGUGUCUCAAAUGCGACCGCUGCAACAAGCUCCUGAAUGCUGGAGGCCACGCUGAGCACGAUGGAAGGCCCUACUGCCACAAACCGUGCUAUGCUGCCCUCUUUGGGCCAAAAGGUGUGAACAUUGGCGGAGCAGGUUCCUACGUGUACGACACUCCGGCCAACAACAAUCCGUCGGCCACUAGGGUGGAUUCGGCCUCCAAAACUGAAGAGAAGCGAGUGUUCGCACCCAAGGCACCAUCAAAAGCUGGCAGCAUCACCACUUUUUCCGGGGAGGCCAACCUGUGCCCUCGAUGCAACAAGAAGGUGUACUUUGCUGAGAAGGUGACAUCACUGGGCAAAGACUGGCAUCGACCCUGUCUGCGCUGCGAGCGAUGCAGCAAGACUCUGUCUGCUGGCAGCCACGCAGAGCAUGACGGCCAGCCCUACUGCCACAAACCCUGCUACGCUGUUCUCUUCGGGCCCAAAGGCGUGAACACUGGUGGUGUGGGCAGCUACAUCUAUGACAAGGAGCCCAGUGCAGUGACCCAGCCUUGAACCUCUGUUCCCCUCAGCUUCACCCCUCUCUUCUCUACACAACACUGAUCAUCGACCACAGUAUUAUAUUCAUAGCCUUUUUCUUUUUUUUUUUCCUCUGUUCCCCACCUGUGCGGUCAAACCUGAGACAACCAGCCUUCUGCUCCAGACCCUCUCCUGAGUCCCCUGCUCUUCUCCUUUGCUCUGCCCCAGAUCGGAUUUAGCACCAGGAAUGAUUCAUUGAUUGCAACCGCUGCCUAGAUGUGUGUUAUUUAUAUUCAGGAGCACAAACACAUCCGGCGUUCCCACAUUAGUGCCGUCCUGUACUGCACACCAACAACAUUUUAGCCACGUUUACACAUUACUAAAUGUAUGUGAACACACUCAAUGUCACCACGGUAAAACGUAAAGCUGUUAAAUUUUGAAUCUUUCACCCACAAAACGGCAUGAUCAAGGAUGUCUGUAAGGUUUUUGGAUGAUAGGAGUGAAAGGGUGCAUUGUGGGUAGAGAGAGGUGCGGUUCAUUGACUGUGAUGUGCUGACAGCUUGAGGAAUUUCAACUCGGAGGCUGCUGCACGCACAGGUGGUGCACAGGAGCACGUUGCCAAUAAAUCCGUAUCUUACAAAUGCCAUAUUUACAGUUUGGCUGCCUGACGACAUUCCUUAUGUGGGGGAAAAAUAAAGGAGAUUUUUUUAUAACAAGUACCUUCUGACAUAUUGUAAAAAGUUGAGAAAGUUGGAUCUCUGAGGCGAGGGAUUUUCAACACAUCAUGAGGCUGUAUUUAAACAUUUAUUUGUACUUUUGAGAAUCAUGCAAAUGACCUGUUUUAGGUCGGAAUCUGGAUAAUAAGAGACGUUGUGCUAAUAAAUAACAAAGACAUCUUGUCCCAAUUGUUACACAUAAUACUGUUUUUAAAGUCUUUCUGAAAGGCAGAAUGUGGGUGAAGUUUCGGGAGGAUUAGACUGUGGAUGAACAUGUAUUUAUUGCUUUAACUCAAGUCCUUCAAAUUCAGCCAUUGUACUACUACCCCAGACUAUGAAGGAGGUAAAACGAGGCAAUGUAAGCUGUACAAAUCUCUACGAUCAAGAUUUUUAUUGUUAUUUUCGAUUAAGUAACCCUGCUGUUAUUUUCCAAGACGACGCGCUAUUUGAAGUAUUUUUUUUUUUUGCCAUUAGCAGAUCCAGUAGUUUAGCUCGUAGAAUGAAAGACACUGCAGACAAGUCAUUCUGUAAGAAUGUGCAUUAUUCUCGUAUUAUUAUUGUGUUUGUUUGUUACCUGUUGUACAUCGUAGGGCUUGACUGACACUGCGGGGCUCGUUGUUUGUAGAGUUCAGCUGCAUUCGUCUUUUUAAUCCCUUGAAUAAAUAUUUCAGAAACUCUU